CAGUGGACGCCAUUUGCCCCAGCCGCUAUCGCAGGACCCCCUGUGCCAUCUUUCGUCAUCGACCUGUGCCAACAUUUUGACCACUUCUCUGGGAUUCUGGCCGGCCAGAUACCAGUGGCCCCAGAUCGAUUUUUUUUUGCUCAGGACCUUCAACAUGUCUUGGGAGUUAACCCGCCGUCGCUGGUUUCGAACGCUCAAUAGCAGAUUCAUCUAUGGUCGAAUCCCGCUCUUGCAUGCGAUCAUCUUUUUUAUCGAGAUGGCCCUCUUCGCCCGGCUCACCAGCCGGUUCAACUCAUACUACGAUGAGCGACCUCUGCUCACCAUGAUGGUGACCAACGCGAUUCUCGGCGGCGUCGCCGACACGGUCGCGCAGACCAUCACGUCGAUUCGGGAACGCGCCGUGCGCAAACACCCCAACGGCCGCCUCAACCCGCGUGACGACGCCCUUGCCAUCGAGAUCCACGAGCUCGACCGCAAGAACCCUUUCAGCGACCGCGAGCUGAUUCCGGAGUCCAAGAUACUCCCGCCACCCUUCGACUUCGAACGCCUGACCCGCUUCAUGGCCUACGGCUUCUGCAUGGCCCCGAUCCAGUUCCGCUGGUUCAAGUUCCUCGAGCGCGCCUUCCCCAUUACGAAGACGGCCGCUUUCAUGCCGGCCAUGAAGCGAGUGGCGUUUGACCAACUCAUCUUUGCGCCGUUUGGCGUUGCGUGCUUCUUCACGGCCAUGACGGUCGCCGAGGGGGGCGGAAAGAGGGCUGUGUACCAGAAAAUGCGUGACAUGUAUGUGCCGACGCUCAAGGCGAACUACGCGCUCUGGCCUGCUGUGCAGGUCAUCAACUUCCGGCUCAUGCCGGUGCAGUUCCAGCUGCCCUUCGUAUCGACUGUUGGAAUUGCCUGGACCGCGUAUCUAUCGCUUUCCAACGCGGCUGAGAACGCACAGGAGAACCGCGUCCCCGAGAGAUCCGACAUCAGACUUCCAUAAAUCGUUGGCUCGGGGAGGUUGAAGCGCGUGUCCCCGCCCCAUACAAUGCUACGGCCAGCGCUACUAGGUUAAUGCUAUGACGGGAAAACGUUGGGUAUUCGAAUUGCGCCUU